AUGCGGGGGCGGGAGAGGCGUGCCGGGAUGACACGGAUCAUCACCCUGUGGAUUAUCUGGGCCAGCUGGCUCUGCUUGACGGCCAACGCACAGAUGAAGAUACCGCCCGAAACGGUUCAGCAAUGGGCCGUCUCCUACGGAAAACAAAUCAUUGCUCUUUCAACAAAAUACUCUGGUGCUCUGCUACUCCAAAAGAAAUACAAAGACGUUGAGCCCACGGUGAAGAUGGAGGAGGUGGACGGAGAGGAACUGGUGAAGAAGUUUGCUGAGGAGAUGGAGGGCAUGCUGGGUAGGAAGAUGAAGUCUGUCAAGAGACUGGCGGAAGCAGCGGAGGACGCUGAUCUAUACCAUGAAUUCAACGCUACCUUAGAGUUUGACUACUAUAACUCUAUGCUGAUCAACUCAGUGGAUAAAGAUGGAAACGCUAUCGAGCUGGGAGGAGAGUUUCCUCUGGAAGAGAAUGAACACUUCAACAAGCUCCAGGUCAACACUCUGCAGAGCGACAUACAGGUCCCCACCAACGUUUACAACAAAGACCCUGGUAUUCUAAACGGGGUGUACAUGUCGGAGGCCCUGAACGAUGUGUUCGUGGAUAACUUCCAGAAGGACCCUACUCUAACCUGGCAGUACUUUGGCAGUGCCACUGGCUUCUUCAGACUCUACCCAGGCAUCGCGUGGACCCCAGAUGAAAAUGGUGUCGUCACGUUUGACUGCAGGAACAGAAACUGGUACAUCCAGGCUGCGACCUCUCCCAAGGACAUCAUCAUCGUAGUGGACGUCAGCGGGAGUAUGAAGGGUCUUAGGCUCACUAUCGCCAAGCACACUAUUAACACCAUCCUGGACACGCUAGGGGAGAACGACUUUGUCAAUGUCAUCGCCUACAGCGACUACGUCCAAUACGUGGAGCCCUGCUUCAAGGGCACUCUGGUCCAGGCUGACCUGGACAACCGAGAGCACUUCAAGUUGCUGGUUGAGGAGCUCCAGGUAAAAGGAGAGGGCAAAGUCAAGAAGGCCAUGAAGGAAUCCUUCAAAAUCCUGAAUGAGGCUGCAUCGUUGGGUCAGGGCAGUCUGUGUAACCAGGCCAUCAUGCUGAUCACUGACGGAGCCAUGGAGGAUUAUGAGGAAGUGUUUCAGGAGUUCAACUGGCCAGAACGCAGGGUCCGUGUGUUUACUUACCUUAUUGGUCGAGAGGUGACCUUCGCUGACACUGUGAAGUGGAUUGCUUGCAACAAUAAAGGUUACUACACACACGUCUCCACGCUGGCCGAUGUUCAGGAGAAUGUCAUGGAGUACCUUCACGUUCUGAGUCGACCAAUGGUCAUCAACCAUGAUCACGACAUCAUCUGGACAGAGGCUUACAUGGACAGUGCGCUGUUCAACACCCAGGCUCAGAGCCUGCUCCUCAUGACCUCUGUGGCCAUGCCUGUGUUCAGCAAGAAGAAGGAGACGUUGUCUCAUGGUAUUCUGCUGGGGGUGGUGGGUACUGACGUCCCUCUGAGAGAACUGAUGAGGCUGGCUCCUAGAUACAAGCUGGGUGUCCAUGGUUACGCCUUCCUCAACACCAACAACGGUUACAUCCUCGCCCACCCUGCCCUCCGACCCCUGUAUAAGGAGGGAAAGAAGCUGAAGCCCAAACCCAACUACAACAGUGUUGAUCUGGCCGAGGUGGAGUGGGAGGACACAGAGGAGACAUUGAGAACUGCCAUGGUAAAAGGAGAGACAGGUACUCUGUCCUUAGACGUCAGAGCCACUGUAGAGAAAGGGAGAAGAGUCAUGUUCCUGAAGAAUGACUACUUCUACACAACCAUCAACGAGACUCCGUUCAGUCUUGGCAUGGUGCUGACCAGAGGGCACGGUGAAUACAUCUUCAUAGGGAACGUGUCUGUGAAGGAAGGCCUCAAUGACCUGAUGCAGCCAGAUGUGACCAUCGCAAAUGAGUGGACCUACUGUGAGACAGACAUUGACCCUCACCACCGCAAGCUGACCCAGAUCCAGGCUGUGUUUCGAUACCUCACAGGGAAGGAACCUGAUCUGGAGUGA